AUGGCGUCGAGGUAUGCGAUCUCGGGCAUGCCCCGUAGCUCAAGUUUGACAGUAGGAGACAAACAGCCGCAGGUUGCGGCCAUACAACAGCUGCCUCGGACGGCCGCGUUCUUUAUUCGCAGUUUGGAUCACCCGCAAGGUCAGGUAUUCCACAUGGUCAAACCAGAAGAUAUCUCAUUCACACCUCCCGUGGUGCUCAGACGUCCUCCAUUGCCGGAGGCGCGGCAGAUCUCUCUCCAGAUGGUGGUUCCAUGUAUUUUCUUUGUCCAAUACCCCUGCCGGCAGAAGUGUCGCAGCCUGGGGAUCUGUGUCCACUACCAAUUUGUGAUCGGCUGUCGAAAGUGUCCCGAUGGACUGAGAUGUAGCACUUGUGUACAGAGCAACGUGGAACAGGCUAUCCAAGCAAACCGCAAAUGUCCACUCCAUCAAGACCCCACGCAGGCGAAUCCCAUCAACAACCGCCCGGAAGACUUCCUAGCCACUGAUACCCAGAAAGAUGUUUGCGACCAGGUAUUGCACCGGUCGUUGGUCUGUCAGUGGGACGACAUACCCACGACUCUGACCACUAGGACCGAGCAAGGUCACCGGGUCGUUCAUCAUGGCCACUUCCACCGCGAAAGCACGCCCAGAGACAUGCGGGACGUCAGAAUGUUGGCGGCACUGGAUGAAGACGAAGUGAUGGCUGACGAGAGCCAAAUCCAGUUGUCCAUGGCUACGGAGCUUUCGGCGUGUUUUGGUGGUUUGAGCGGAGUGCAGGCCAACAUGCCACGGGUUUUUGGAUGA